AUGUGGGGCGCCCUUCUUAUGGCUCAGGCCGCAGCCAAGAACUUCGGCGGCCUUCUUGCCCUUCGCGUACUGUCUGGUGCCUUUGAGGCCAUCGCAGAUCCUGCUUUUAUGUUGAUCACAUCCAUGUACUACACACGAUCUGAGCAGCCCUCUCGUAUCUCAGCGUGGUAUGCUUGGAAUGGAAUUGGUGUUGCUGGUGGUGGUCUCAUUGGAUACGGUAUUGGACAUAUCAAAGGCGCCCUAGAGUCGUGGCGCUACGAGUUCCUUGUCGUGGGUGCUUUUUGUGCAUUUUGGGCAAUUAUUCUCGCUCUCUGCCUCCCCAACUCUCCACGAACCAUCUGGGGCUUCAGCCAUGAAGAGAAGCUUAUCAUGAUCGCCCGCAUGCGUCGCAAUCAAACAGGCAUCGAGCAACGCCGUAUCAACUGGGGUCAAAUCAAGGAAGCUUAUAUGGACUACAAGACUUGGCUUUUCACCUUGUUAGGCUUUGUUUCCAACGUCCCCAACGGUGGCAUCUCCAACUUCUCCACACUUGUCAUCAAGGGUCUUGGCUUUGGGACGCUUGAGACGGCGCUGCUUGGCAUCCCGCAAGGCGCUCUGGUGGUUAUCUGGAUUGGUCUUGGUGCCUUGGCAAAUAGGUAUAUGCCGGCCAACAGUCGUACACUGGUUUGUGCACUUUUUAUGUUGCCAACCAUUGGUGGUGCCUUGGGGUUCCUUCUUGCACCAGCCAAUGCCUACAUCGGUCGUCUCAUUUGCUUCUAUCUUACUGGUUCAUACCAAGCGUCCUUCGUCAUCUCUCUUUCGCUAAUCACAUCGAACACUGGUGGCCAGUCAAAGAAAAUGAUUGUCUCUGGCAUGAUUUGGUUUGGCGCUUGCAUCGGCAAUAUCGCAAGCCCGUUCUUUUACAAAACGAACCAGGCUCCCUCGUAUCAUCUCGGUAUUGGGUCACUCUUGGUCGCAAAUUGCAUUGAGCUUGCUCUCUUCUUUGUCUUCCGGUAUGCCUUCAUCUGGGAGAACAAGCGCAAAGAGAAGCAAAGAGACGCAUUGCGUGCAAAUGACAAUUAUACCGCCGACGAGCUCAACGCCACAGCGUUUACAGACAUGACCGACAAGGAGAAUCCCAACUUUGUGUAUGUGUACUAG